AUGCAGAUAAUUCUGGGUUUUGCCGCUCUGGCCCUCGCGGCCGCAGAGGAAAGCUGGGAGAUGAUGCAGGAGCAAGUGAUUACCAGCCUACAGUCCGAGGACUCGGUGGAACGCUUCAUGGCGGCUUUGGAUGAAGGCGGGGGCGAUGAGGAGUUGGAAUUGGACUCCGCGGCCAGCUUGGCCCAGGACGCGGCGGAGUGGGGCGCUCCGACACAGAACUAUGGCCACCAAGGAAGUAGCUAUGGCAAUCCCUACGGCGGCGGCAGUCCGUAUGGUGGCAAUCCUUAUGGCGGCAAUCCCUACGGCAGCUAUGGCAAUCCCUACGGCAACAAUCCCUACAGCAACAACCCUUAUGGCGGCUUCAACGGGGUGCCCGGAGUGUGCAGCACCAAGAUUGCCGGCUCCUCGUGCAUGGUCUUCGGCUGCUCGAAGUCGCGUGGGCCGACGACCUGCAACACAGCGGACUACACCUGCUACUGCCAGGCCGGGCAUUGCGCCACCGGGAACGGCUGCAUCAAGAGCUGCGAGACCAAGAUCGAGAGCUCCUCCUGCAUGGUCUUCAACUGCGCGAGCUCCCGGGGCCCCACCACCUGCAACCGAAAGGACUACUCCUGCGAGUGCCAGCCCGGCUAUUGCGCCAGAGGAGGCACCUGCGUCGCGCGAUGA